GUGGCGUUCUUGGAUCCGGUGGCCGCGCACCUGGAGACGCGCGAGUCCGGCGGCAGCUGGGCGGAGUCCUUGCGGAUCGACGACAACUGCCUGGUGAACAGCAUUCAUCCCAGCUGGUCCUGGAACAUGUUCAUGGCAGGGCCCACCUUCACGUCGCUGGUGUGUCCCUCCAACUCGGUCGAUGAAGUGCGGCAACAAGCGCUCAUCGAUGCGGCGGGCGCGCGCGUGGCCAGCAAGGGCAUCAACGACUACUACUCCGGCAGUUGGGUGGCCAUCAGCACCAUCACCUUGAACGGCGACCUGCGGCGCGCUGCGCAAAGGCGACCUGCGCCGGACGGAGCAGGGCGGGAUUGGAGAGAACCACCUGUUUGGGAGGGUUCACACACAUCCCCACUGCGUUCCCAUCCGUGUCCAGGCCCAGUCGCCACAACGACCACAACAACUCUGGAGGGUCCUGGGGGCUGUUCCUCCAGCAGCGAGGAUUGCAGAGGGACCGGCUGUUGCCUGGAUGCAGGCUACACCUGUUAUGAGAAGAACGAGUACUGGGCCUCCUGUCGGCAGAGCUGCCAACCCGGCGAAGAGAACCCCACGGAUGAUCCAGAGUACCGCAGCCCUUGGACCUGCGCCAUCAUCGGCCCCGGCGGGUCCACAACGACGUCCACGACCACGACGACGUCCACGGGGACCGUGGUGAACCCUGCUCCGGGACAGGUCUUUGUGACGGGCACCGUGGGCUCCGGUAAAGCUCGGCUCUUUGAGUUCAUCAACGCCCUUUCCGAUCAGCCCAUCCCUGGCUCCGGCGCACGUGCCGUCCAUUCCUCCGGGGGCGCUGCGGGCGGUGUGGUGAGUGAAAGCCAAGGCUAUGGUCUGCUCUUGACGGGUGCCAUGUUAGCCAGCUUGGGGCCUUCCGAUGCAGAUCGCCCCAAGAUCCUGGACUACACCUAUGAGAUGUUCUUGGGUUGGCGACGGAUGUGCGAACGAUCCAAGGAGGACGGAAGUUGCCAGGAUGAUGAAGGAUUUCAAUGUGGAGGAAAGCAAUUUCCUUGCUUGCCUCACUGGAAGUUCGAUGAUGAUCUGACCGGCAUCAUUGGCAAGGGUGCAGCUCCUGAUGGUGAUGCCGAUGCCUUGGCUGGGAUGCUUUUGGCAGUGCUUUCCCUGGAGAAAGCGAGUGCACCACCCUCUUGGUUGGACGAGGUUGGUCAAUGGGCGUAUGACACCUGCAAGCAGUUCUACAUGAGUUCGACCGUUUCAUCAUCUUCAGGCAACCACCGUAUCGUGAAGCUUGGAUCUUGCUGGGGUGGUUGGGGUGGCCAGGGCCAGAAUCCCAGCUACCAUGCACCUGGCGUUUACCGGCUUUGCCGCAACUACAUGAAAUCAUAUGAUGUCAAGUACGGUGAGACAGCGCAGGAAGGAGAAAACUUCGAAUCCAAAUGGAACAAGUUGAUUAGUACGACCUACAAGAUGUUUGGUGCUACUCAGUGUGACUCUACAGGCUUGAUUCCCAAUUGGGCCAAGAUCUACGAGGAGGGACAAUCUCUUCGUGCUGAGAUGGGCUUUUCUGGCAGUGGAACUCCAGGGGCAGAGUACGGAUCAGAAGCCUCACGCGCCGUGUGGCGUGUGGCUUUGGACUUUCUGCUCUUCCCUAACGAGGCGGGCGAAGCAGUGGCUUGGCAACUG